UAGAAGUCUAUCGGCCAAGCUUGAACUUGAGAGCCUGGAAAAUCUAAGGGAAUUUCGGAAUCACAUUAAAUCAAAUCAGAUAAACGUUUGGUUAUGAAGGCAUACUCUGUGUGGUAAACAAAAACUUAAUCAGCAGGGAAUGUUUUGAUGAUACCCAUGGGAAAAAAUACAGCUUUCACCUGAAAGAGUAACUGAACUUCAGAAUAUAGCUUUGGUUACGGAUUUUAUCUUCCGCUCCGUUUUGUCGAUGGUUUUACUACGUACUUCUGCAUCUUUGCUGACGUGUAGCGGGUCUCAUCACUGUGCGCGUGCGCAGUAGCAGCAGCAGACUAACGCUGGCUCGUACGCAGAGACCGGUGCCGUGGGCUUGACGUGGCAUUCCCGUUACGCUGUUCGAGCCUGCCACCAGAAAGGCCGUUCGACAUUGUUUUACCUUUCAGGUUGCUGUUUUUCUCGGAGUCUGGAAUGAGCGAACUCUAACAGGAGAUGAGCCAGCAGGGUUAUGUUGCUACACCGCCUUAUUCCCAGGCCCAGCCGGGAAUGGGAGGAUACCCCACUGGAUUUGGGGCUCCCCCUCCGCAGUCUCACUAUGGCCACUACGGAGCCCCAGCACAGCCCUUUGCUCCCCAGGCAGCAGGUAUGCUCAAGACUGCAGCAUCCGGUCCAUCUGGGAUGCCUCCAUCUCUCGUGUCUGUCCAACAUGGGUCUUCCAUUCAGCAGAAUGGCGCACACCCUCAGAAGUAUCCACCUCUUCCUGCAGACUCUGCCCCUGCCAUGUCUCCCUAUGGACAGCCCCCUCAACGACCGUACCACAGCAUGCCACAGGCCACACCUCCAACACAGCAGAUCACCAAUCAGAUGAGUGCAAUGAACAUUGGUGGAUAUGCCCCAAACCCCAUUCAGUCUCCUCAGUCACCCACCAGUUCAGCAGCACCGCAGCCUUUCCAAAUGUCUCCACCAACACCAAUGGGACAUGCACCCUUGUCUCCACAAGGCCCUCAGCUUCCUCCAUUAAGUGCAUGUCCACCAAUGGCUGCUAGCCCACCUGUGGGUGUUCCACCAAUGGUAAUGCCUAACUGUCAGCCAGGCUCUCCCCUCAUGGGUGGAGGCGGAUUCCAGCCACAAGCAGGACCUCAGGGAUUUCCUCAGCAGCCAGGGUCGUAUGGCGGCCAGGUCCCAGGGUCUCAGAUGGCAGGGCCACCGGCAGGCGCUUUCCCAGGAGCAUUUCCUGGAGGUGCUGCUCAGAUGGCUGGACCUCCUCAAAAGAAACUGGAUCCCGACUCCAUACCUAGCACAACUCAAGUGAUUGAAGAUGACCAGGUUAAGAGAGGCGGUCAGCUCUACACCACAAACCUCAGGGGUCAGGUGCCACCCUUUGUCACGACCAGUUUCUCAGUCCAGGAUCAAGGAAAUGCUAGCCCCAGGUUUAUGCGGUGCACCACCUAUUCGUUCCCCUGUACCUCAGACCUUGCCAAGCAGUGCCAGGUGCCUCUGGCAACCAUCAUCAAACCUUUAGCCAGUGUCCCCAAGAAUGAAACUCCCCUGUACAUUGUAAAUCAUGGAGAGGCAGGGCCCAUACGCUGUAACCGCUGUAAGGCCUACAUGUGUCCCUUCAUGCUGUUCAUCGACGGUGGGCGACGCUACCAGUGUGGUUUCUGUAACUGUGUUAAUGAAGUUCCUGUCCAGUACUUCCAGCACCUGGACCACAUGGGCCGCAGACUGGACAUGUAUGAAAGGCCCGAGCUAUCCCUGGGCUCUUAUGAGUUUACCGCUACUCUGGAUUACUGCAAGAACAAUAAGCCUCCCAAUCCUCCGGCUUACAUCUUCGUGAUUGACGUCUCCUACAACAACAUAAAGAGUGGCCUUGUCAAACUGAUAUGCGAUGAACUGAAGACACUUUUGGAUCAACUUCCAAAAGAGGAGGGGGCUGAGGGUUCAGCCAUCAAGGUGGGCUUCGUCACCUACAACAAGAUCCUGCACUUCUACAAUGUGAAGAGUGCCCUGGCUCAACCCCAGAUGAUGGUGGUCUCGGACGUGGCUGAGAUGUUUGUGCCACUGCUCGACGGGUUCCUUGUCAACUUUCAGGAGUCACGAGCUGUCAUCAACAACUUGUUGGAGCAGAUCCCAGACAUGUUUUCUGACACCAACGAGAGUGAGACUGUUUUUGCCCCAGUCAUCCAGGCCGGAGUGGAGGCACUAAAGGCAGCUGAGUGCAGCGGUAAGCUCUUUAUCUUCCACUCCUCGCUCCCCAUGGCGGAAGCUCCGGGCAAACUGAAGAACAGGGAUGACAGAAAGCUGGUGAACACAGAGAAGGAAAAGACCCUGUUCCAGGCACAGCGUGGCAUCUAUGAGCAGCUGACUAAAGAGUGUGUGAACCAGGGUUGUUGUGUGGAUCUUUUCCUGUUCCCAAACCAGUAUGUGGACUUGGCCACAAUGGCCGACGUUCCUGCGCACACUGGCGGCUCAGUGUAUAAGUACAGCAACUUCCAGGUCCAGGUAGAUGGUCAACAUUUCCUCAGUGAUCUGAGGCAAGAUGUGAAGAAGUCUAUAGGAUUCGAUGCCAUGAUGCGUGUACGAACCAGCACAGGUUUCAGGGCCACAGACUUCUAUGGUGCCAUCUAUAUGAACAACACCACAGAUGUGGAGAUGGCCGCAGUGGACUGUGAAAAGGCUGUUACGGUGGAAUUCAAACAUGACGACACACUCAGCGAGGACGUUGGGGCACUUAUACAGUGUGCUCUACUGUACACCUCCAUCAGUGGGCAGAGACGUCUGCGUGUCCACAACCUCAGCCUGGCCUGCAGUUCUCAGCUGUCUGACCUCUACAAGAGCUGUGAGACAGAUGCCCUCAUCAACUUCUUCGCCAAGUCAGCGUACCACGCCAUGCUGGCCCAGCCUGUGAAGGUGGUCAGGGAGAUCCUGGUGAAGCAGACGGCCCAUAUGCUGGCCUGCUACAGGAAGAACUGCGCCAGCCCCUCCGCCGCGAGUCAGCUGAUCCUGCCCGAUGCCAUGAAGGUAUUCCCCGUGUACAUGAACAGCCUGCUGAAGACCCCAGCGCUGGUGGGCAGUGCCGAGCUCUCGACCGACGACAGGGCCUUUCAUCGCCUCAGCGUCAUGGCCAUGGGGGUGGAGGAGAGCCAGGUCCUGUUCUACCCUCGACUCAUUCCUGUGCACUCCAUGGAUGUAGCGAGCGAGGCGGUGCCCAGUGCGGUGCGCUGCUCCGAGGAGCGCCUGAGUGACACCGGGGCCUUCCUGCUGGAGAACGGCCAGUGCAUAUUCCUGUGGCUGGGUCAGGCCUGCCCUCCAGACAUCAUCCAGAACUUCUUCAACGUACCCUCCCUGGCCCACCUCGGCACCGACAUGAGUUCAUUACCAGAGUUGGACAACGGCCACUCCAAGAAGCUUCACUCCAUCAUCUGUGCCAUCUCCCAGCAGCGUUCCAGCUCCACAAAGAUGGUGAUUGUGAAGCAGAAGGACAGAUCAGAAAUGCUGUUCCGUCAGCAUCUAGUGGAGGAUAAGGGUCUGUAUGGAGGAGCAUCCUACAUGGACUUCUUGUGUUAUGUCCACCGGGAGAUCAGACAGCUUCUCACUUAAUAUGUGUGCACGCGCACAUACACACUUAUAUACAAAGAGAAUGUGUCUUAACACAACGCACAUCUUGAACUUGCUUCUCUCUGGUCCCUUCAAAUGACUGUACUCCCCUCCUGGGUGCACGCGUGCUUAUUUUCUCCAUUUCAAUCAGAAUUCAAGUUUGGAAAUAAGUGGUUCCAUUCUUGGCAUUCUUGUGUGUACUGUUAUAUAUUAUGGUCUUCUGAUGUGUAACAUAGGAUACAGAAAAAAUGGUAAGGAAAAAAAGAAGGGAAAAAUAUCCUGUUUUUUUUUAAUGAAGGUGAUAAUUAAAAUGAACAUUAUAUUUUAAUAUCAUGACUAUAUAAAGAAAACCUCCUCAUGAAAGCAAGAAAAAAAGUUUUUUUCUUUAACUUACCAUGAAAGAUAAUGCUAUGUCUAUUAAAUUAAUAGAUGACACCACUGGAUAGUUACCCAAUCUGAAAAAGACAUAAUGCAAAAGUGAUAUUUAUUCACUACAAAGAGGGAACCCAUUUGCAUGCCUAACUCCUCACACUCUAUUCUGGAACUGUCUUCAUCUUUUUACAGCUAAUUAUACAGUAACUUUGUAAACCAUGAAUAUUUAUUUUCUGUGUUUAGCAUCAUGACAAAAACCCUACAAUCUUAAGAACUAAGAACCAAAAGCAAGACAGCCAUAAGCAAAACUCAUGGAGUUUGUGCUUGUAGUGCUGCUCUAGCAGUCUGGCAAUGAAGCUGGCGACAGCUGUUUAUCAUAUUAAAUCUGCCUUAAUGCUUUUUUAAGAAUGGUACUUCUCUUUCUCAAUAUUUUAUUACGACUUGGGAUAUAUUUGAAACAGUCUGAUUUGUUUGCAGACAUACCUCAGGUAAUCCAUGUACUACCAUGGUGGAGCCUAGGCAGAGCCAUUCAUGUGCCAUGUACCUGAUUCUAAGAACUGAUGCUGGGUGGUUGUAUAGGUUGUUCUUUUUCUUUGCUUUUUAUUUUAUGAAAGGUGGAUACAUUUGUGGAGAGCAUAAUGUUCCAUUUACAUUUCUGCUUAAAGCCUUUAUAAAACAUUUUGAUUAAAAGUGUACUCUUAA